GCAUAAUUCUCCUAGAAUAGGUCGCGUCGGCCGUCAACUAUGGUAUCAACCCGUAUCAUCGUUCUCCCACGGUAUUAACUAUCAGCCUUAUGAGUCUGAUGCGAUCCGUGGUUGUAUGUACAGAGGGGUCACUCGCUCUCAAGGCAUAUAUAACCUCUCACGCGCACUUCCACUUUCAAGUUGUUACACUGAAUCCCUUUCUUCUACCAUAUCGAUAUACCCGGAAAAACAAAACUGAGAAUACAUAGCAAGAUGGACCUUCAAAGAGAGAUUCAGAUGCGCUCUACGGUAAAGGCACAGACAGAGUCGAAUCUUAGACAGGUUUAUAGAACAGUCCUCGCCCUGCGUGACGCAGGAGAUGAGUCGGAAAAAGUCAAAGGUCGAUAUGACGAAGAAUACGAUGCCUGUGUUCUUCAUUUCUCGAAAGCCAGUCUCCAGGAGAUAUCCGGCAGACUUCUCGCGCUGCCGCGCGAGCUCCGCGACGUGAUAUACGAAUAUCUGUGGGAUUUCGAAAGCCAUAAUUCCGACAAUUUCAAGACUUUGAUUUUUCUGGCUGAUUUCACAACACCUCCGCCGUCAUGUUCUGGUCCGCUCGGUACUGUGCCCUCUUGCACAUGCUUUACGCAUGUAUCACACUUCCUUGACUCUGGAAUCAUGGACAAACAGGUCGUUUUGGAGAUCCUAGGCAUUUUUCAUACGAGAAUGAAGAAAGGCCCCCCACGUCGGAGCUCUUCCUACACUCUAGAGUGGGGAGACGUUGAAGCGUUUGCGGCGCGCGACAUACUCCAUCUAGGUCUCACAUUACAUGGUGUACUCACGAAUCAUCGUCUUCGGAUCAAUUUUGAUUGCCUGGAUGAACCGGAAUGCGAUGGGGUCUUGGAAACCAUAGGCGUUCCUGGCGGCGUUCACGACCAGCUUCAGCGAACGGCAGAUGCUUUAUCUCGGUUGUGCCUUGAGAGUCCCCGAACUAUCCAAUUUGACUUUGAGGAUUAUGUGGACGGUGUACCAACCAAGAUGGAGUACGUUUUCCGAACACUUAGCGAGCCCUUCCAUCGACUCAAGCAACACGGCUUCGAUGUACGUGUGUCAUACGAGCACAAGGGUGAAUACAUGUUUGAUGAUAAUAAUUGCGGGUACUGGGAUUUAGGUGAGGAUGGGUGGGAAUCAUCAAAGCGUUCGGAUGUAUGGCAGUGGGGCCUACUCGACUGGAAACUCAACUUCAGUCGUGCGAAUUCUUGGUUCCAACCUCAAAGUUCAGGGCUGGGAGGGAACUUCGUACCUAACCCGAACGGGCCGAUCCCAGAAGAAUGUUUCGAUGAUUACAGACGAAAGAUGCCUGUAUGGGAGGGAAUCAGAAGGUAUCUAUAUCGAUAUCAGCCGGAUAUCGAGGAGGUUAUUACUUGGACGAGAAGUACGGAAGGGUGGUACCGCUGGGACUGCGGUUGCGCGUCGGAGAAGCACACGUGUAGCGAGUACUUCCUGUGUGUCAAACACAAUGGAUGGAAAUACCGACGUGACGGACUGGAUCUUGCGUGCUGGAAGUGCGAUGAGGGAGCGCCCUUCUUCGAGUUCGAUGUCGAGAACACGUGA